CAUUUUUCGUCAACAACUCCACUCUUCAGCGAUUUGAGCAAAUGGCUUCCCAAAUGAAGCACCAGCAGUCCAACCCGGAGGUCAUCUGCUGUCCUGCAAGUACCAUUGAUACUGCUAGCGACGACAGUUCUUUUCAGCAGCUUCAUGUGCUUGCGGCUGCAGAGUCAGCAGCACUGACCAAGCAGUUUCGGCAACGGAGCCUGCAGCUUGUCGCCGAACAGCAGACCCGUGUGGUGCGACUGAAACGCAAAAACGGCGCUGUAGUACAAGGCUGCGACAUUUACAUUGGCCGCGCUUGCAACCAAGGUGGAUGGCAUCUUCCGUCGUCAAAGUGGGCAAAUCCGUUUUCCGUGUCAAAGUGCGGCUCCAGAAAGGAGGCCGUGCGUCGUUUCGAACAGUAUUUGCUCUCACGACCCGACUUGCUCGCUGCGCUGCCUGAGCUUCGUGGCAAAGUGCUUGGAUGCUGGUGUGCACCAGAGUUGUGCCAUGGGCACAUUUUGGCAAAACUCGCAAACGCCUAAAUGCGUUGAUUCUGUUCUGGUGCUUUUUAUGAUUGAGAUUAUCCGAUUCCGUUUUGCACAUCUGCGAGUGGAGAGUGAAGUGGAGAGUUGUAACUUCAACGGAGCCGCAAAGCAAUCAGGGCAAGGGGGUAUGCGAACCGAGGAAACAGAUUACCAGUCGUUGUUUGCGAUCAGGGCCGACGUUCGCCCGUCGUCGAAAUGCGCGCGGCCAAAAGCAAGUGGUCAUCAAGUUGGCCCAGAACGACGAUCUGUGUCAGUCCCUUCACGUCUCUGGACCAGUUCGAGGAGGAUGUCGAGUUCGCCCCUGCUCUCGUCGUCAUUGAGUUUGCUCAGUAGAUCUAUGUGUUCAUAUUCAGACGAUGCCGCUUCCCUAUCUAUCCAAUAAA